UUCAAGGGAAUUACCAGCUGCUAUAUAAACAACCAUGAUGUAAGAUAUGUAACCGUAUUUAAAUUCGACACUCGUGACUCCAACACAUACAGUCGUGCAUAGUGGGGCUAACCAAGAUUGUUGAUACGGAUGUCUGCUGAAGGGAUAUGGAUCUUUCUGGACGAUUCCAAUUUGUGGAUAGAAGCGAAAAAAGUGAAAGGGUACAGUCUCAAAAAAGAGUUCACAGAGGACCCUCGUUUGAGAAUAGAUGUUGGAAGGUUAGCUAAUUUGAUAAGCAACGGGAGAGUGGUAAAUAAAGCAAUAUUGUAUGGAUCAGAGCCGCCUCCAAUUGACACGGUGUGGAAAAAAAUAAAAGAAAAAGGCGGGAAAUCAAGAAACACAAGAGAAGUCAGUGGACAGGGAAAGAGAAGAAAGUUGAUACCCAAAUUGUUGCUGAUGUCACAGAACUAGUUUGUGAUUCCCAAAAUCGGGAAUUUGGAUCUACUGUUGUGAUAGUUAGCGGUGACAAUGACAUGUCUCCUUGCAUUCAAAAAGCUAUCGAGAAGAGGUGGAAUGUGGAGGUUUGGGCAAUGGAAAAGAGUCUGGGUGCAGACCUGAAGCGUCUUCAAAAUAAGCAUCCCGAAUUAAUGACAGUGCAGUGUCUAACAGAACAAGAAAAUUUAAGAAAAUUUACAUUUAUCAGUGAAAGGUUUACUAUCACCCAACAUUACAGGAAUGAGUUGCUAAAUCGUGGAAUCGUGCUAAGGCAAUGCGUCCGCCAGCUUCAAGAUGACAGAAACGAAGAAUUCAUGGAGUUAAAGAAAAUACUGGAUCAGUUCAAAUGGCCUUGGAAACAUGCCUGGUUACUUCCAAAGUCAUCAGAGGCUGCAAUGAGUCAGGACCUAGUGAUUCUGUUCCUCCAGUGCCAAGAUAAAUCUUUGGAUGAGGAUACUCCUUUAGCGCGCUAUACGCCAGAACUGAAAAGGCUAUGUCAGCCCAACUUAUGCGAAAAUGUGUUGACAUACUUUGAGCAUACUAAUAAACAGAGACAGGACACAGCUCUUGAUCUAUGUUCAACCAACAGGUUUAAUAUCCUCCAUGAGUGUGAAGAUGACGAUGAAGUGACACCGCCUUCCGCAACCACUGGCUUUGUCUCUGGCUUUGCCCAUAUCUACGGACCUUCGGACACAGAAAGUAAUCCUGCUAGGAAAAGUCCAAAUACGCCCUCUAGUCUUACUCCACUCAGCAAGAUCAAACAAAAUGAUGCAACACAGAAAAUGGCCCCUAAUCAAUGUGAGGAUCCUGUACCUACAAAAUGUAGUAGCCACCAUUCAAGACAAAACGAAGAUCCAUUUCAGCAGGUCAAGUACAAAGAGUCCAAAAGGUACCAGUGGUACACUACUCCUUGUGAAUAUCAUUUUCAAUGUGUACAAGGUAAAAAAAUGCAAACAUGAUCACACGGUACCGGAGACAUCCUUCUUUGAAAAGAGAGAUACGUAUGUUAAAGAUAAAACAACGAACAAUUUGUAUAAAUACAAGACUUUCAUGUGUAACAACAUCGUCUUGGGGUCUUUUUGCCGGUAUCAAGAUGCUUGCAUGUUUGCCCAUAGUGAAGAGGAACAAGUAUGUUGUCGGUGUCAUCUUCUAGGACACCCAACAAAUGAAUGUCCAUCCUCAGAGCACUGAGAGUGAUGACGUGGCUCAAUAGUUGCAUAUAGGUUUGAUUACACCUCCUAUUUGUCUAUGACUGUAGCACUCAAUGAAUGUGUAGCUAAUUACUCUCCAUAUGGUUUAUACGUAAUCAUUUCCAGGUGUUAUAUUUACAUGUUACUCUUCACAACCACAGAACUGACGUGAUGUAUAGUUUCCUGUGUGUAAACACUGGUCCAGGAAAGUAAGUUCCUGUAUUGCUAGCAUUUGUAUUAGCGUACAAGGGUAACUCGCAACCCUUCUCCUAAAAACCCAACACAACAGCUUGAUGUUGCAGUGCAGUGGAGUGUAAAUGGAAAAUGUUUCGUCAUCGCUGUUAACGUCAAGCAUAUUAUGUUUCUCAGAGGCUAUCAAAUGCAGGUAUUCUACUCAGGAUUUCAAUGAUUGAAUAUAAAUAAUAGUCUUGGGCGUUAUCAUAUGCUAUCUUGUACCGCAGUUAUAUUGGUUGAUUCCACGUGACAUACUGGCACACAUGUAUCAUGUGUCAUAUUGAUGUGGGAAGGGUAAAAUACUCUUCAAAUGUUCCAAAUGUUUACUACAAGUUAAUAAAGUUCUGAAAAUUAAA